AUGGGAAUGAACUCAACAAUAUCAGCUGAUCCUAAUAACCAUGAAACUCCAAACAUAAUACUAUGCACACCAUGUGCAUGGUGCCCAUCUCUACUGCUAACCACUAUAAUGUCGUCUAGCUUUGAUGCAUUCUGGAACUUAUGGAUCCUUCUUGAUAUUUAUAAUCAUAGCGAUAAGC